AUGGGAAAAAAGAACAGCAAGAAAGCAGGAGGAGACAUUUGGGAUGAUGAGGAGAUGUUGAAUGAUCAACCACAAGCUGAAGAGUUUGGAGUCACAGAAGCUACAUCUGAAGAGGCUCCAGAAUCUGCGGGACCUGAAGAAGCAUCUGCUGACGACAUUACCGGAGACUUUUUAGGAUCCAUCCGUAAGACAAAGAGCAAGAAGGCUCAAAGGGAGGAAGAAAAAGCUAAAGAGGAAAGCAAUGGAGGUGGAGCCAAGAUUUUGUCGAAAAAGGAGAAAGAAAAGUUAAAGAAGGAAGCUGAAAAGCAAAAGAAGAAGGAAAUGGCUCAGAAGAAGAAAGAGCAGCAAGCAAACAAGAAGGAACAGAUCAAGGAAGCCAAUAAGCAGAAUGCUGCGUCUUCAUCGGCCUCGGCUACACCUGAACCAGUGGAAAACAAAGCCGAAGAAGAGCUGAAACCUAAACCAGCAAAAAAAGGAAAGAAAGCACCAGCCGGUCUUGCAGCAUUAAAGAAACAAUUGGAAUUAAAGAAACAGAUGGAAGAAGAGCAACGUAAGUUAGAUGAAGAGGAAGAACAACGUAGGUUAGAGGAAGAGAAAUUGGCAGCAGAGGAAGAGGCUAAACAAGAGGCAGCAAAAGCAGCUAAAAAGGAACGUGAGAGAUUGAAGAAGGAACAAUUAAAGGCAGAAGGAAAAUUGUUGACAAAGAAACAAAAAGAGGAAAAGAAGUUGCAAGAACGUCGUCGUGCUCAGUUACUACAAGCUGGAAAUAUCAUUGUUCCUGGAUUACAAAAAGAUAGCGACGGAGAGACACCAAAACCCAAGAAGGUUGUUUACGGUAAGAAAAAGUCAACAAAACCAAAGACAUUCACUCAAAAGCCGCAAGAAAAGACCACCAAAAAGAAGGAGGAGGGUGAUAAUGAAGAAGAAGAGGCUUUAGUUGAUGACUGGGAAAAGAUGGCUUUGGACAGUGAUGAGGAAGGUGCUGCUGAAAAAGAAAAGGAAGAAGAAGAAGAAGAAGCAGAAGAGGAAAAUGACGAUGCCGAAGAGGAAAUCUCUGAAAAAGAUGGAAAUCAAGCUGAAGAAGAAGCCGAAAAGAAAAAGAAAGCCGAAGAAACUGCUGCUGCUGCUGCUGCUGCUAAGGAAGAACGUGAAAGACAAGCUCAAGAGGAGAAGGCGAAACAACAAGCAAGUUUGCAGAAGAAGCAGAACAGUCCACCUGAGAAAGAGUUACGUUCGCCUAUCUGCUGUAUUCUUGGUCAUGUCGAUACUGGUAAAACCAAGUUGUUGGACAAGAUUCGUCAAACUAACGUUCAAGGUGGUGAAGCUGGUGGUAUCACGCAACAAAUUGGUGCAACAUACUUCCCAGUUGAAGCUAUCAAACAAAAGACUGCUGUUAUGGCCCAAUAUGAGAAACAACUUUUCGAAGUGCCUGGUUUAUUGAUUAUCGAUACUCCAGGGCACGAGUCCUUUACAAACUUGAGAUCACGUGGUUCAUCGUUAUGUAACAUUGCUAUUUUGGUUAUUGACAUUAUGCAUGGGUUGGAACAACAAACGAUCGAGUCUAUAAGACUUCUCAGGGAUAGAAAAGCUCCCUUUGUUGUCGCAUUGAACAAAAUUGAUAGAUUGUACGACUGGAAAGAGAUUCCAAACAACUCUUUUAGAGACUCAUAUGCCAAACAAUCCAAAGCAGUUCAGCAAGAAUUCCACACCAGAUACGAGCAGAUUAAGUUAGCACUCGCAGAACAAGGUUUGAAUUCUGAGUUGUACUAUCAAAACAAAAACAUGGCCAAAUAUGUAUCAAUAGUGCCAACCUCGGCAGUGACCGGAGAAGGUGUUCCUGAUUUAUUGUGGUUGUUGUUAGAGUUGACCCAAAAGAGAAUGUCUAAGCAAUUGAUGUACUUGUCAAAGAUUGCGGCCACGAUUUUGGAAGUUAAGGUUGUCGAAGGUUUCGGAUACACAAUUGAUGUGGUGCUAUCAAAUGGUAUAUUGAAAGAGGGUGACCGUAUCGUAUUGUGUGGUUUGAAUGGUCCUAUAGCAACGAAUAUAAGGGCCCUUUUAACACCGCCACCAUCAAGAGAGUUACGUAUCAAGUCUGAAUAUGUUCAUCAUAAAGAAGUCAAAGCAGCAUUGGGUGUCAAGAUUGCCGCUAAUGAUUUGGAGAAAGCAGUUGCUGGUUCGAGAUUGCUUGUUGUUGGCGAAGAUGACGAUGAAGAGGACUUGAUGGACGAAGUUAUGGACGAUUUGACUGGAUUGUUGGACUCAGUGGAUACUUCUGGAAGAGGUGUUGUCGUCCAAGCUUCUACGUUGGGUUCAUUAGAAGCUUUGUUGGAUUUCUUAAAGGAUAUGAAGAUCCCUGUUAUGUCUAUAGGAUUGGGCCCUGUGUACAAGAGGGAUGUCAUGAAGGCAGUUACUAUGUUGGAUAAGGCACCAGAGUUGGCUGUAAUGUUGUGUUUUGAUGUUAAAGUUGACAAAGAAGCAGAACACUAUGCUGAUGAGAACAAUAUCAAAAUUUUCAACGCUGAUAUUAUCUAUCACUUGUUUGAUGCAUUCACUGCAUACCAAAGCAAGUUAUUGGAAGCACGUCGUAAAGAAUUUAUGGAGUAUGCUGUUUUGCCAUGUGUUUUGAAGACUAUUCAAAUCAUCAACAAGAGGAAUCCUAUGAUUAUUGGUGUUGAUGUUCUUGAAGGUGCUGUACGUAUUGGUACUCCCAUCUGUGCUGUGCGUCAAGAUCCUGUAACCAAGCAGCCAAAUGUAAUGGUGUUGGGUAAGGUGACAUCAUUGGAAGUUAACCACAAACCAGCUGAUUCAGUAAAGAAGGGUCAAACUGCAGCUGGUGUGGCAAUGAGAUUAGACAACCCAUCAUCGGCACAACCUACUUGGGGCCGUCAUGUUGAUGAGAGCGACAAUUUAUACUCUUUGAUCAGUCGUAAAUCAAUUGACACGUUGAAGGACCCCGCUUUCAGAGAUACCGUUUCGAGAGACGAUUGGUUAUUGAUUAAAAAAUUGAAAUCCGUAUUUGAUAUCAAGUAG